AUGCCAUCAUAUAGGCAACACAUCGACCACGAAGACUUCGCCAUGAUGUACCCGGAUCCACCCCAUAGCGCUUUUACUGCCACCUCUAACAGCAUGGACCACCUCAACCUGUCACCAGAGUCCUACUACCCAAGGCAACAACAGCAGGACUUCCAUCCCACCAUGACCUUCGACACUCAUGCGCUCUACGCCGACGUCGCUGGUGUUCAGUCCUAUGGUAACAACCCUGGUCUUUCUCCCAGCAUCUAUGCCGAUGAUGCUUGUGCCCCGGGUCUCCAUCAUUUACACUCGGCUCCCCCGUCCGUCGACUCUGCACCCUCUUCCGCAGUUGGAUCACCGCGCUCUGCCCAUGGUCAACCGCAAUCCGUAACAGAAUGGCCUUCCCACGGCAACCUCAUGCCUGGCAUUGUGGGCCACGGCGACUUCUACUCAACGCAAGAGUACUCGUACUCGACAGGUGCUCCGCAGGCUAUGGAUGAAUUUUCCGCGUUCGAGUACGCCCAGCAAUCACAUGCCAAGCCAGGAUUUGUGGCAGACCCUACACUUAUCCAUCCUGGCAUGCAAAACUUUGAAUCCUCAUACCCACCCCCGCCAUCAUCAGGCUACCCAACAUCACCUGGCCUGACUACCGGCUCUCCUCAGCACCGGAACGGCAGCAUAUCACCACUGCCUUACCUGCCCAACAGCAACUACCAUCAUCAGCAACAGCAUUUCGGCCAGUUCCCUGCCGGCUUGGAGACGCGUCGCCAGAGCAUUCACUCGUUCGUUUCCGGCUACUCGGCUGCAGCAGAGCCACAAUUCAGCGGCGAUGAGGCCGCCAAGGAGAAGCAGCGUUGCCCACACCCGGAAUGCGGCAAGAUCUUCAAGGAUCUCAAGGCGCACAUGCUCACCCACCAGACGGAGCGUCCUGAAAAGUGCCCCAUCCAGACAUGCGACUAUCACAUCAAGGGAUUCGCGCGCAAAUAUGAUAAGAACCGCCACACCCUGACGCACUACAAGGGAACCAUGGUGUGCGGCUUCUGUCCUGGGUCAGGUUCGGCGGCGGAGAAGUCUUUCAACCGCGCCGAUGUCUUCAAGAGGCACCUGACGGCCGUGCACGGCGUUGAGCAAACGCCUCCUAACAGCCGCAAGAAGUCUGGCUCAGGCGCAGCAGCCAAGAAGCUUUCUAGCUACGCUCCCGACGCAACCGGCAAGUGCAGCACCUGCUCAGGUACAUUCAACAACGCGCAAGAGUUCUACGAGCAUCUGGACGACUGUGUGCUGCGUAUCGUACAGCAGGAGGACCCGGCCGAAGCGAUCAACGCCAAGAGGCUGGCCGAGGUGGCCGACGACAAGGAGGUCCACACGACGUUGGAGAAGAACAACCUGCCGACGGCGACCAUGACGACGUCGAUGGAGAACGAGGACGAGGACGAAGACAUGAUGGACGACGAGGACCUUCCCUCGCCAGGCACAUCAAACAAGCGCUCAAAGGCCACACGAGGCAUGACGAGCUCACGCAUCGGCAUCACUCCUCCGCAGGCCAAGCGUCGCAAGGGCCGCCGCGACUACCCAACGUCGUGGGGCUUCGACAAGGGGCAGAUGAACCUCAAGAAGAGAACCAUUACGGCUUUUGAUGGCCCGCGUCGCCUGAACAAGGACGAGUUCUGGGUCCCCACCGACAAGGAGGUCAGGAUCAACCUGCUCGACGGCAAGUCAUAUGUCACCGACGUCGACGUUCGGACCCUGGAGCGGGCGAACGGCUUCCACAAUGCCACCGAUGCCGAGAAGGGAUACUGGGACAGUGAGAACCCUGCAGCUGAGCAGAUGAUGCUCAGGGGCUUGUGA